AUGAGGUUGAGCAUGAACAGUCAAAUGCGCCCUCACAGCAAGAUGAAGUCUCAGAGUCAGGUGACCGUGAGAGUUUGCUGCGCGGCAUGCCCAACGUCCAGCAUCAGCUACUUCUGCUCUUCGGAUAGCCAGUGCGUCGUGAGACCGGCUGUAUCGUCCGCCGCCUUCGCCGUCACGGACGUCACGGAGUACUCCUCCACCGGUUUCACGGUACCAUCUGGACAAGGAGACAAUAUAAAACUAUGA